CCCAACGGUGAAGCCAGAGUACCUGGAUUAGAGGGCUCAGCUGACUAGACCACCUGUCUUUCAGAGUUCUGCCGGCUGCGGGCUGUGCUGGAAGGAUCCUCUGAGACCCUCAAGGCACAAAAUGGAGGCAGUGACAUUUGAGGAUGUAACUGUGAACUUCACCAAGGAGGAGUGGGCUCUGCUGACUCCAUCCCAAAAGAAGCUCUACAGAGAUGUGAUGCAGGAAACAUUUAGGAAUAUGACUGCUGUAGGAAGAUCCUGGGAUAACCAGCAAUUUGAAGAAGAGUACAAAGACAUCACAAGAAAUCUAAGAAAUGAAGAGGUAGCAAAAUGUGAUCUAUAUGAAUCUUGGAUUCAACAGGAAGAGGUAUUUCUCUGGACCCCAGAUGCUAAUGUGGGCAUGAAGCAAGCUGCUUUAAGGCCAGCUGAAAGCCUUGCUUGUAGAAGGGCCUUGACUGGACUUCUAUCACUAAAUGUACCGAUUUUACCUCACACUGAACGGAAGCCAGAGGAGUACGUGGGAUUUGAUGACAAGCUGAAUAACUGUAAUGAACAUAGGCUAACCUGCAGUGGUCUCCAGUGCUGUCUAAAGCCUGCAAGGAUGAAGACUGGGAAGAAGCCUUAUCCGUACGAGCAAUAUGGGAAAACUGACUCUGAUCUUAGUGAAAUAACUCACACUGGAGAGAAGAACUCUUUAGGUAAGAAAAGUGUGAAAGUCUGUAGCACUCUCAGUGGUGUUAAAAGCCACGAAAGAAAUCAUAGUGGAGGAAAUCCAUAUGUAUGCAAACAAUGUGGGAAAACUUUUAUUUCUUCAUACCAUAUUCAAGUACAUGAAAGAAGACAUGCCAGAGAGAUGCCCUCUGUAUCUAAGGAACGUGUUAAAGUUUUAACUCAUAGUAAUAGCUUGCACAAGGAUAAAAAAAUGCAGCCUAGGGAGAAAUCCUAUGCAUGUCAGCAAUGUGGGAAAGCAUUCACUACACAGAGUUACUGUAAAAUACAUGAAAGAAGUCAUACAGGGGAGAAACCCUAUGCAUGUAAGCAAUGUGGAAAAGCAUUUAGUACAAGCAGAUAUUGUCAAAUACAUGAAAGAAUUCACACUGCAGAGAAACUAUAUGUAUGUAAGUAUUGUGGAAAGGCAUUCAUGAAGCCCAGUCAUUGCCAGGUCCAUGAAAGAAUUCACACUGGGGAGAAACCUUAUGCAUGUAAGCAAUGUGGUAAAACCUUCAAUACACAAGGUUAUUGCAAAAUACAUGAAAGAAUUCACAUGGGGGAUAAACCCUAUAUAUGCAAGCAAUGUGGAAAAGCAUUCUCUACACGCAGUUACUGUAAAUUACAUGAAAGAAAGCACAGUGGUUGGAAACCCUACACAUGUAAGCAAUGUGGAAAAGCAUUCACUACACAGCAUUAUUGUAAGACACAUGAAAGACGUCAUACUGGGGAGAAACCAUACGUAUGUAAGCAAUGUGGAAAAGCAUAUAGUACGUGGAGUUCUUAUAAAGUACAUGAAAGAUAUCACACUGGUGAGAAACCCUAUAUAUGUAAACAAUGUGGAAAAGCAUUUGCUACACAUAAGAAUUGUCAAAUGCAUGAAAUUACUCACACUGGUGAGAAACCCUAUGUGUGUAAGCAGUGUGGAAAAGCAUUCAGCAGACACAGUCACUGUCAAAGACAUGAAAGAACUCACACUGGCGAGAAACCAUAUGUAUGUAAACAGUGUGGAAAAGCGUUCACUAGACACACUUAUUGUCAAAUACAUGAAAAAAAUCACAGUGGGGAGAAACCUUAUAUGUGCAAGCAGUGUGGGAAAGCAUUCAGUACUCAGAGUUGGUAUAAAAUACAUGAAAGAAGGCAUACUGGGGAGAUGCCCUAUAUAUGUAAGCAAUGUGGUGAAACAUUCACUACACAGAGAUACUGUCAGAUACAUGAAAGAAGUCACAUGAAGGAGAAAGCCUAUGUAUGUAAGCAAUGUGGGAAAGCAUUUACUAAACACAUUUAUUGUCAAAUGCAUGAAAGAAUGCACCCAAGUGAGAAAAGCUAUGUUUGUAAGCAUUGUGGCAAAGGAUUUGCUGCAAAGUCCACAUUUUGUAAACAUAGACAAACCCACACUGGUAAGAAACCCUGUGUAUGUAAGCAAUGUGGGAAAGCAUUCAGCUCCCACAGUCACUGUCAAAGACAUGAAAGAAAUCACAAUGGGGAGAAACCCUAUCUGUGUAAGCAGUGUGGGAAGGCAUUCACUACUUUGAGAUGUUAUAAAAUGCAUGAAAGAAGUCACACAGGGGAGAAACCUUAUGUAUGUAAGCAAUGUGGGAAAGCAUUUACUACAUACAACUAUUAUCACAUACAUGAAAGAACCCACAUAAAUGAAAAAUCCUUUGCAUGUAACCAAUGUGGAAAAAAAUUUGCUCUUAAGUCCUCCUUUCAUAGACACAGAAGAACCCACACUGGUAAGAGAUCCUAUGAAUGUAAGCAAAUGUGGAAAAACAUUCACUGAACACAGUUGUUAUAAACUACAUGAGAAUAGUCACAGGGGAGAGGUAGCCUAUGUAUGUAAGCAGUGUGGGAAAUCUUUCUGUACACACAAUUAAUGUAAAAUACAUGAAUGAGGUCACACUGGGGAGAAAGUCUGUGUGCUGAAGCAAGGUAGGAAAGUGUUCAGUAUACAAAGGUAUUGCCAGAUACAUGAAACAAGCCACACUAGGAAGAAAUUCUAUGUACAUAUUUUAAAACUAUAAAAGGUUUUACUGUAAAAGUGACUAGUAGUGGAGACCUACACAAAUAAUAUGAAAAUUUUGAUGCCAGUACUUAAUAAAUUUUCCAGAAAAUGUCAGGAGAGAUCCUAAAAUGUAUUCAUUCUGUGUUUUUCAGUAGAUGUAAAUAGCUGAACUAUGUAUCUGUAGUAUUUACUAUGAAAUAUUGAGUUUAUAUAAUCAUAUAUUUUUGUAUAAACCUGUACCUUUAGUUUAACAUAUAGUGUCUGCUAAUUAAACAAGAUAAAUUAAAAUUAUUUUUCAUUUCCAGCUAGGGUGAGUAUUUAUGUAGCUUUUAUUUUGUUUUUUAUAAUUGUGACAUGUAGGCCAUUAAACUUUAAUCUUGUUCAUUAUUGGAAUUUUUUGUUGUCUUUUGUUUGUUUUUGUUUUUUCUUUUUCAUUAUUGGAAUUUUGGACUAGCAUUGUUGUAAAUUUGGGGGGAUAUGGUCCAUAUACUGUGUAACAGAAAACAUUGUUCAAUUUGAUAUAUAUAUUGAAAGACUUGUGAAGAUGUGUUGUUCACAAAGUUCCACUGGUUUCAUCCAACUUGUAGAUUAGCAAACAUUGUUUUUCAUAUCCUGCCCGCAUAUGUGCCAACCUAAUUGUAUAUGAUAUCAGGUACAUAAGCUUGCCUAUUUUACUUUUAAUGUUGAAGCCAAUACAGUAUUACCAUUUAUGUGAAAUUUUAUACAUUGUUACCAACAGAAUUUUAUUUUUAUGCUUGUAUUGUGAGAAUUUUUAAUAUUGUGAUAAUAUUUCCAUCCUAUGCACCAAAAAAUAAACCCCACUGCUGUGCGUUUGUAAUUGCUGCAGAGCAGCAGGACUGUGACUUGUCUCCAAAGGAAUAUCUUGCAUUGUAAUAAAUCUCUUCAAAAAGUAUGAAUGAUAGGACAGCUUAUCAGUGACGAUAUUUUCAAAGGAAUUUUUGGUCAACAAGGGAGUUGUUUUGAGAAUGUGUGAUUCUUGUGAGCUAAAUUCAUUCUAGUCACUGAAGCUGGGAUUGACACUGACUUUUGUAAUCAUUACUGCUUUUACAUAAGAAGAUAAAAUAAGGGCAUGAAGGAAAAAAAACAUUCACUUUAAGA